GUCUCUGACAUCAUUGUCAUCGGGGCUUACUUCCUGCUCAACGUCGCUGUAGGAAUAUGGUCAUCCUGCAGGGUGAGCAGAAACACUCUCAGCGGCUAUUUUCUGGCUGGACGAGACAUGGCCUGGUGGCCGAUUGGAGCGUCCCUGUUUGCUAGCUCAGAGGGAUCAGGCCUCUUCAUUGGUCUGGCAGGAACAGGAGCUGCAGGAGGCAUCGCUGUAGCAGGAUUUGAGUGGAAUGCCACGUAUGUGCUGUUGGCUCUAGCCUGGGUAUUUGUCCCAGUGUAUGUUUCCUCUGGGAUCGUCACUAUGCCAGAGUAUGUUGGACGGCGUUUUGGGGGGGAGAGAAUCCGCAUGUACCUGUCGGCCCUCUCACUACUGCUGUCAGUGUUCACCAAGAUAUCCACAGACCUGUACUCUGGGGCGUUGUUCAUCCAGGUGUGUCUGGGAUGGAAUCUGUACCUGUCCACCAUCCUCAUGCUGGUCGUCACCGCACUCUACACCAUCGCUGGAGGUCUCGCUGCAGUCAUCUACACAGACACUCUUCAGACCUUCAUCAUGAUCAUUGGUGCAGUCAUCCUCACCAUCACAGCGUUUAAUAAGAUUGGAGGUUAUAGCAACUUGGAGAGUGUUUAUCUGCAAGCGGUGCCAUCUAAAAUCAUCCCCAACACCAGCUGUCAUCUACCGAGGCCUGACGCCAUGCACCUCUUUAGAGAUGCAUCUGAUGCUGACUUGCCCUGGCCAGGAAUGACACUUGGUCUCACCAUCCUGGCUACCUGGUAUUGGUGCACUGACCAGGUGAUAGUGCAGAGGUCUCUCUCAGCUAAGAGUGUCAGUCAUGCUAAAGGAGCCUCCAUAUUCGCCAGCUACCUCAAGAUGCUGCCCUUUAUCUUCAUAAUACUGCCUGGCAUGAUCCGCCGAGCGCUGUACCCAGACUCAGUAGGUUGUGUUGACCCUGAAGAGUGUGUGAAGGUGUGUGGUGCUGAGGUUGGAUGCUCAAACAUCGCCUUUCCCAAGCUGGUCAUCGAGCUCAUGCCAAGUGGUAAUAUGCAGUUCGCGUGGCUCAUGAUCGCAGUGAUGAUGGCAGCAUUGAUGUCAUCGCUAACCUCCAUCUUCAACAGUAGCUCCACCCUCUUCACCAUGGAUAUCUGGAAGAAGUACCGCCGACAGGCCAAUGAGAAAGAGCUGCUGCUUGUUGGCAGGAUCGUUACAGUCAUCCUGGUGGUCAUCAGUGUGGUGUGGAUCCCCAUUCUCCAAAGUGCCAACAGUGGUCAGCUGUACGUCUACAUCCAAUCAGUGACCAGCUACCUGGCCCCGCCCGUCACCGCAGUGUUCGUACUCGCCGUGUUCUGGACCAGGACCAACGAGGCGGGGGUGUUCUGGGGGCUGAUGGUGUGGGUGGUUGUCGGGGUGACGCGGAUGCUGCUGGAGUUUGGCGCACCGCCCGCCGCGCCGCCGACCCCGCCUGCUGCGCCGUCCACUACUCACUUCGCCAUCAUCCUGUGCGCCCUCACCGCCGCCGUCGUCAUGACGAUCAGCCUUCUCACGCCCCCACCACCGCCAGAGCAGCUCAGGAACUUGACAUGGUGGACCCUUACGGAGAGUGCUGAUCAAGACAUUCCCAUGCAGAAAGUCACUACCAUCUCACGCAGAACCUCCGGUGCUUCUGUGAGGAGGGGCAGAUGUGUGAGGGCUUCUGGGUUCUGUAGUCCUCAUCCCGCCAGAGCAGCUGCUGGGACUACAAUUCCCACAAUUCCCAGCAUCCGUGAGGAGCCCUUCUGGAAACGCUUUUGUUGUGUCAAUGCCAUUAUUCUCAUGUGUGUCAAUAUCUUCCUGUAUGCCUAUUAUGCAUAACACACACACACACACACACACAUCAUCACACACAUAUC